ACGCUCACAAGCAGACGGAGACGCGGAACAACGCACGCAGAAAGGCUAGGCUACCCCCGCCACAGAAUCACAACGUCCACUCCUUCCUUUCUCCCUUUCUGGUUCACUCGGCGACGGGCACAAGUUGUGGAUUUAUACUGUAGAAGUUUCUCUUGCCGGACAUCAGCUGAAGGCUGAUCCACGACAUUGCAAGUGUGAGUACCAAAAUGGCUGCUCAAAUUCCAAAGAACGUUGACAGUCUUUGACAAAGUCACCCCAAAGGUACUAGAGGAUUUGUAGACUCUCAAAACAUCAACUCCUUGCGCACAAAAAAAGGGUCCAUCAUGCCGAUCCUCAAGCAGCUGGUCCACUCCACCCAGUCAAAGCGGCGUUCUCGCGCUGACCUGACGGCAGAGAUGAUCAGCGCACCUCUGGGUGACUUCCGGCAUACCAUGCACGUGGGGCGCGGUGGUGACGCUUUUGGUGACACGUCCUUUCUCAGCACGCGCUCAGGUGAGGCUCCACCCCCUGAUACCAAGCGCGGUUCUCCGGGCUCCAAGCCAUCGCUGCUGGCCCGCACCUUCCGGGCCAGCAAGCGCUCACACUCUGUCAACCGCGGGGAUGGGUAUGAGUACAGCGCCGCUGCGCCCACCGGAUCAGCUAACUUUGUGAAAAACGCUAUUUCCCUGCCGUAUCUCAAUCGUCAUGAAAGCGAAGGGAGAACGCGGGUGCCCGCUGUCUCCGAAAGCACGUUGGUCAACGGUUCGGCGGCCAUUGCCACCUUUGACACAGAAUUUGACGAACGCAAUUUUGGCGAGCUUUCUGAGCUUCCGCCUUCCCUGCCCAAGAGCGGCGGUGGAAUGAAGCACGCCGAGUCCAUGAUGUCCUUCCACGUGGAUCUGGGCCCUUCCAUGUUGGGUGACAUUCUGAGCGUGAUGGAGAAGAAAGGCUUUGAGGAUGACGACCUCGGCUACGAGGAAGGCAAGGGCAGCGAGGGCCACAGUUCACCUGCCCACAUCCCUCUAAUCGAUGACGACCCCAUUGUUGAGGAACGCCGCCCACCUGCCAGGCCGCCUCGCAUGAUGAUCUACCAACAGAAGGCCAUGGUGACUCCUUACAGCCCUGAGCUUCAUACCAGGAACAACCACCAGCACCUGGAUAGCUGUUCCGUAUCCAGCUCUGGUUCUACCACCGAAGAAAAAACACCCUACAUUCACCACAACGACACAGACAGUGCCAAGUACAGUUCGCCACGCGGGGAGGAUGACUUCUCUUUCAUGGACGAUGAUGACGAUGAGAUCAGAGUUUAAGACCUGGGCGCCGUCGCCAAACGAUUUUCACCGAUUAACUGAACCUACUUUACAAACGGACCUCGGUUACGACAUCCAAUACUGUCGCUUGUCUUAAGACCUCGUCCAUCAACGACUCCGCUUUGGAACACAAUGUCAUAUUGAAACAGAAAGUGAAAUCUGUGGCUCAGAAUGUUGUCAAGAGGGCUAGUUGGGUACUUUGGAUCUUGUGUGGAAUUCGCAUGUUGUUCCUAGUUUGCGUGGGUAUUCCUUCCCACAUUCCAAAUGCAAGCAUGUUAAGCCCCUUUCAGACAUACCCUGAACUCUGGUUAAUUCCCGGGAUUUAAACGGGUAGCCCUUAUGUCUGAAAGCAAUUUCUCUGGUCUACUGACACGGACAUGAACCAGGUUGUGUCCUAGUAUAAUGUCCGAGAUUUACUCGUGACGCGGCAUGUGUGAAAGCAGCUGUUUCAUUGCAGGGGCACAGCACGAAUAUUGAUGACGUAAAUAUCAUGUCGGGCUGAUCGUCUUCCUAAGCGGUAAACAAACAUCGCAAUUAUCAACAUGGCGAACUGAAAAGAUGGCUAAAUUAAACCUGAAACAUAGUGAAAUUGAAUGGCUACUGGAUCUUAGAGCCAAGGAAGAGACAGUCUCUCAUCCAUCUUUGGAAAUGUGUGGUUUAUUUUGUUGCCAAACCAAAUAAAAAUGAUAUAAUGUCCGGGUUAUAAAAUCCUGCUCCCCGGACAGAGCACACCGAGUCACUAACACGGGACAAAUCUGACAGUGUCCAACCCUGUUAAUUCCCGGUACAUCUCCACACGUCUUAAAGCCAUGACAUGGGUUAAUCCCGCGUCAUCGUACACGGGGAUUUAGCAGGAUAUAAGUCUGAAAGGGGCUUUAUACUCAUUGAAGACUCUGUCUGUGCUGGAUCAGUUGGAACAAAGACCAGGACCCACUACGGCCCCUGAGGACUGGUUUGCCCACCCCUGCUCUAAAUUGUCCUUUGUUGAGAAUGUGUCUUUGAAUGGCAGUCUAGAUGUACGCGGUCUCCCAGCCAAAGACAGCUGGGAUAGGUUCACUCGCGACCCAAAUGAGAAGCACUGUAGUCUUAGUCUUAAAAAAAAGUAGGGUGUCCAAUUGCACUUGAAAUUAGUUGCAUCUUAAGACCUUUUACAGAAUAACAGAAUGUUAAAAAAUUAUAAUAAUAAAAAAAAAAAAAUGUGUAUGGGAUUUGGUGGUGGCAGUGUAUACGUCAUUAGCUAACGCGACACAAAAUGGCCUCCAAAGGGAAGAUUCUCUCUCAAAGGGACGUCAUUAUGACAGUAUUCGCUUCAGGACAAAACUGAGAAUCAACUAAUCAACGGACGCGCAUUUAGGUUCAGCGUUCAUCACCCUGCCAGAAAGUUACUCACCACUCAAUUUUAGGUACACCCACGUUCAAAAGCAAUAGCUUUGUAACGAUUAACAUUAAAAAAAAAAAAAAAAAAAAAAAAAAACAG